AUGGACUCCACCUCCAUCCCCAUUCUUGAGGUUGGAGGUGGAGUCCACGUCCGUCUCUCUUUAUUCACAUAUGGUGAGACGGACGGAGAGAGCAGCGUCUUCUUCACAGAGACACCACCUGCAGAAUCACCAGAGAGCCUCCUGAGCAGCAGCCUUCAUCCUCCUCAUCCUCCAUCAGAGCUGCAGCAGAAUCACAAACACAACACAGGUGAUUCCCAAAAUGUUGACCCCUGUAACAGCUACACUGUACUGAAUGAUGAGUGGCGUUCAACGAAUAACAUAAAUAAUCCAGUCCUACACUGUGAUCAAUCUAUUAACUGGCAAGGCUGGUACCGCCUGUUUCUGGGGAGCUCCAAUGCUCGUAUUCCUGAGAGCUGUAUAGACACAAACAGGUGUGGAACCCAUGCUCCUCUGUGGAUAACACAUCCUCAUCCCACACAGCCAGGUGAAAUUGUAACUCGCACUGUGUGCAACAACUGGUCUGGAAGCUGCUGCCGGUUUGCAUCACACACCAUCCAAGUCAAACUAUGCUAUGGAAACUACUACGUCUACAAACUUGAGAGGCCAUCUGAGUGCUACCUUGCGUACUGUGCAGAAAAUUAUACACCUGUGGUGCCCAGUGUGGUGCCCAGUGUGGUGCCCAGUGUGGUAGACUUCACCUGCACUGUGACCGGCCCCACUAUCAUUGACGUCCACGGCCAGAUUAACUCCAUCCAGGAUCGCUGUGCGUACUCUCUGUUCUCGACUCCGUCACUCCCAGAUUUCCAUGUUCUGGGGAACUUUGAGGACCGGCGUCGUACAGAUGUGAGCUUUUUGGACAGUGUGACGCUGCGUGUGGACGGGCAUUACAUUCACCUGGAACAAGGUGGGAGAGUUCAGAUGGACGACUCCACACUGACCCUCAGCAGCUCACCUCAGUUGGUUCAUGGUGUGCAGCUCUCUAAGGACCAAACUUGAGUCACCGCCAAGCUGUCGCUCUCCAACCUCAACAUCUCUGUCUUCUUUGAUGGAGACACCGCACAGAUCCACUUAGAAAGACCUGCUGGUUCAUCUGUGGAGGGUCUGUGUGGAAACUCCAGCAGGUCUCUGAGUGACCUGAGGCUCUCUGAGUACAGCUCCACCAGCUGUGAGAUGCAGUACAGUGAGCCUGCUGACAGCACGAUCAACUGCACCAGUGUGACUGAACGCUGUAAUCUCCUGAAGGAGGCGCCCUUCUCCUCCUGUAACAGUGACAUUGACCCAGAGCCCUACAUAACCGCCUGCACCGACACUUUGUGUAAAUAUCCUGCAGUGGACGGACUCAACUGUCAGUUCCUGAAGGCCUACGCCAGAGCCUGCAGUCUACACAACCACGCUCUGGAUGGCUGGACAUCAAAGACCGGCUGCUCCUCUGAGGCCUUCUGUCAGGACAGGACCUGCAGCGAUCACGAGUUCUGUGGUGAGAAGACGGUCGGUGGUGACACUCGCUGCUUCUGUCGGGCCAUUUUUGCCUCCAAGUACCAAGAAAACAACUCUUUGGGUGAUCCAACGGUCUGCAUGCAGGACUCUGCUUCAGUCACUCUGGUCGGUUGUCUCCUGGCGGACAAAGACAUCAACUACUCUGCCUUACACCUCAACGACCCGACCUGCAGGGGUCAGGUGGACGAGCUCACCCACAUGGUGACCUUCAGCUUCAACAGCAGCAUCAGCUGUGGGACGGUGGUCACGACCAACAACAGCCAAGUGAUCUACAAAAACACCAUCAUGACCCAGAGCAGCUCCUCUGACAUCAUCAAUGGUCACGACCAAGUCUUCAUCGACUUCUCCUGCGUCCAAACACAAGCAGACAUCAAGACUGCCACCUUCAGGAUCAGAGACAGCUCUGUGAUCCAGCACAUCACAUCUGGAGUUUGGGAUUACACUCUGACCAUGUGUGCAACCACUGAUGUUGGACACACACAAGCUGUGGAGUCCAGCACUGAAGUGCAGCUGAUCCAAAAGAUCAGGGUGGAGCUGAAGACUGAUGGGCUGGAUGGAGACGUGGUCGUCGUGGUGACUGACUCCUGCUGGGCAACUGACCAGCCAUCAACUAACAGCACUCCGAGAUACGACCUGAUCAUAAACGGCUGUGCCAACCCUGCUGACCAGACGGUGCAGGUGGAGGACAACGGACUGGGAACCUCCAACUACUUCUCCUUCAGUAUGUUCUAGUUUACUGGUAGCUCUGGUGAAGUCUUCCUGCACUGCAAACUCCACCUGUGCCCCAAACAGAACAACUGUGUCCCGACUUGUCCUGCAGGUGCUCGCAGACGCAGAUAUGCCAGGUCCAAAUAUGAAGGUGAAGCCUUCAUCGGCAUGGCCUGGACUCAUUAG